CAGUUUAGUAUUACUGGAGUGGUGAUGUGGUUUUUUUAAAUGUACGAAAGAAAAAAAAUUCAUUCACAGUUUCUGACUAAAGUAACUCAACCAGCCAGUCAGUCGGUCUUAAUCGAUGGAACAACAAACAUAUAACCUGUGCGGUAAAAUUUAACAGACGCGAACACCAUAUAAAUCUGCAAAUAAUUUUAAAAAAAGUUUAGUUAAGUGAGUUCUUCUCCUUGCGCUUAUUUGAAAACCGGCCAUAAAUAAUUAAAUAUUUAAAGAGUGAAUGUUAAAUUAGAAGAAUAAAUAGAAAAAAAGAAAACAUUUUAUUAGAUCUGUACAUGAAUUUCACUGUGGAUUAAUUAGAGCUUGGCAGAUUUUUUUUUCAACCUAUCGUCUGUGAAAUUGAGCGUCAUAAUACAACACGACAGUUUCUACAAGAUAGAAACAAAAUGAAAAUUCCUUUUCUACUACUGGUCUGCUGGUCAGUGCUGUGCCAUGCAGCAUCCGACGAAAAGCCGAAAAUCUUCAGGCCAACAGUCACUCGCACACAACUCCGCGUCGCAAAGAGUCUCAAUCCUGAAGAUAUGCAAGAGUUGAAUGUGAAGUCCAAUAACGGUGGAUUUGCAACCAUUUUGGUGAAAAAACGUGACGGCAAAUCCACAAACAUUCCUCCACAAGCCGAAGUUUUCCGAUUUCCCGACCAAAACAAUAAGCCACAAAAUGAUACGUACGUACCAUCAACGAAACUUGAACGAGUGGAUCAAUGGCAGCCGAUACAAACCAGAAGUCAAUUUGCAUUUCCAACCACAAAAUCACCGUACCGUUUCGCUGAACCUAACAGUCAACAAUCGUUGGAUUUAAUCAACUCAUUUAUGAAACACGUGGAACAGAUUGAUACGAAGUCAAGAUCUCUCAAUUUAGACGCAGAAUCGUUAAAAAAUGAUCGUAGUCCUGUGAACAUAGCCGUAGCCAGUACAAAGGUUCCACAAAACGAUGCCCAACUGAGAGUUCCAGCACCAGUAUUCAUAAGUUCAGAGCCAGUUUACGUUAAAGGUGAAAAUGUGAAGAGAGGUCGAUCAGUGAUGUCUUUUGAUUCGGAUGGUAUCCCGGUUGUCCAUGGCGUACGAGAACCAGAUGACGAACAGGAUAAAAAAACGACUUGGAGAAACGCACGCGUUAUCAAUGGCGAAUUAGUUCCAUACGAAAAAGGAUACAAGCCACCAAAGGCAGAACCAUCUCUCGAGUAUGGACAAUUGGUUUAUGUGAAAAGCGACAAAACGAAAGAUGCUGGUAAAGGAUUUGGUCCAUUCACAAAAAGUGAUAAUUUUGCUGACGAUAAGGAACAGGAAAGUGUCGGUCCGUUUAGUGUCGAAGAUAAUUUGAGGCGUGAACUAGGUGACGGUGAACGAUAUGACAGUGGGUUCGGACCAUUUACCAUAUACGAUAAUGCUAAAGUGGCCAAUUCAAAACUGAUUGGUUACAUCAAGAAGAUAAAUGAAAAAGAAAGGCGACGUGACUACUUUGCGGGUAGAUCGUCCAGGAACUAUGAUGAUCCCAGCAUCGAAGAUUAUCAGGAUCCCCCUCAAAUGCAACGAAGAAUGUUACAGAAUCCCGGUAAUCCAAUAUACUCAACAUCAAUGCUGUAUUCACCCACACAAAAUAAAGCUACACGUGCGUCAGUGCUUGAAUAUGCUCCAGUGCUGGAAUAUGCUCAUCCCGAACUCGGUGUUCAACAAGCUAAAGCGGUUCCACCAGAGUCACAAAGUCGACAGAAAUUCAAGAAAGUUCAAUACUACGCUAAGAAUGCAAAUUUUCCCUAUUCAAAUGAUCCUGCAUUGGUCACCUCAGAAUAUUAUCCACCAGAGAAACACUCCUUCAAGAAUACGCACACCUACCCAUACAAUUAUGGAUAUUUACGUAAAGUGAAGGAACAGCCGUUUUACAUGAGAUUUGCUGAACAAAUGCGCGACAGUUUUCAAAAUAGUUUUACAACCGUUCAUGAUCUGACACGCCCCGUCAUUGGUCCGUUAAUGGAAGCUGGUCAUAAAAUUUCCAAAAACUUAGGAUUCUCUAAGGAAGAUGAGGCUCAGGAUAAAAUUGGAGUUGUUGCAACUAGUUCUGGAAUAAUGCCUGCUAUCGGAUUAGUGGCUGGCGGAGCUGCUUUAGGUCUUGGAGCGAUGGCUGUUGGAAGAAUAUUCGAAGGAAAUGUAUUACGCAGAUCUAGUACCGAUGACAUCUUGGAUGCUGAGCAUAAAAGAGCUAUCGAAGCCGCUACGAAUGGGGAAAACGUUUAUGUGGUGAUGGGACAGGAAAAUGAAAAUAAGGAUGAGUCGAGACGGUUACGCCGAUCAAUUGACGAUUUCAGUCUGUUUCCCGAAAACGCUGGCGCUCAAGUAAUACGAGUGAAACGUCGUGGCCAACUUUCAGAUGCUUCAUACAAAAACGAUAAAUACGACAACCAACCGGACGUUAUCGAUGUAAUCGAUGAAAGCGGUGACUACUCAGUGGACGAAAUAGUGCGAUUAGCGCGACUAUCUGAUGAAACAACCGGUGAUAAUGUGUUGGAAAAGACACAUUUCAUAUCGAAACGCAGCGCAGAUAAUUCGUGGAACAGAGAUGAUGUCGGUGCCAUGCUACAAGAUAUCGAACAAGACCUGCCCAGCAAUUCAAAGUAUGGCUUCGAAGAACAGAUUAGGAAAACAGAUUGGAGUAAUACGCCCUGUGCCAAAAAAGUCUUCUGUGAAGUUAUGCUGCAACAAAGUUCCGAUGAUAUGGUUCUGAUGGAGAAGAAAAUCGAUACACUAUUGUCAAUGCUACAUCCUUCGGUCAGUGAAAGUCUGUCGGAUCACCUGUCGGACAUACAUACAGCCAUUCACAAAAGAGAUUGCUCGCCAUUUGUUUGCUAUCAACAUUAGAAACAUUCCAAUUUCGACCAUAAUUUUUUUUGGGUAUUGUAGAGUUUAGUGCAGUAGGUGUAGAUUACAGUAAAGUUGAUGUUUUGUGUGAGGUUGAACGAUUUUUUUUGUUUGUAAAUUUAUUUAUUUUAGAGUUUAAUUAAUGAUGUUUUUCCCUGUGUAACUGGUUGACCUAAAUAUUUUGUAUUAAUCAAAUAAGUGAGAACUUUAUCAAUAAGCAUUUUAUAAUAUGUGUUGCGUUCUCGAAAUGGAACGUCAGCAUCAACAUGUAAAAGAACCGAUUCCGAAAUGCAAAAAUAGAGAAAAUAAAAACAUGAAAAAUUGA